AUGGCGUACGAACAUUCUGGAUCUCAUAGUCAUGGAAGCGGCUGGGUCCGCAACGGUCAAGUGCAAGACCAGAAUGGCUCCCGUCGGAUCUCAUACUCCCGGGAUGAAUAUUCUACACGUGAAGGAAACACAGCAUAUAGCAACACCAGAUCUAACGAUCGAAAUGAUGCAGCCGAUGAUCACUUGCACGACUACCAUUUCGACGGGUAUGCCUCAAAUUCCGGUACAAACCGAAAUAUGCACUCCCGCUAUCCUCGUCAGCAUAGUGAUCGCCAGGAAUCAUAUCGCCACCAAGACCUCCAUCGAGCAUGGCAGUCAGUCAAUCCAGAGAUUGAUCGGGUCAUCAACGAUGUCGCUGUACGUGAGGCAAUCUUGAGACUCGAAGGUCGCACCCACCAUCACAACUGCAGCUCCGCAAGGCAACUGCAACCGACAUUAUCUCAAAACCGUCGUCACCAAACGCAUUCCUCUGAGUGGUAUGAGAGGAACAGUCGGCCACUUGGACGAUCAAAUCUCCGCAAUCUGGAUUUGACCAGAGGCCCGACAAACGCAACGCGCCGAUGGAGGGAUGAAGACCAACGAUCGGGGCCAUACAACAAUAUUGGACAAGUGGGCCGGCAAUCUGACUACGAACGAGGUGCACCGCAACAGUAUGAACAGGAUGAAGAAGAGUACGAGUACGACGACCAAAGCGACACGCUGUACUGA